ACAGUGUUAGAGUCGCUAGCAGGAGGUGUGGGACCAGCAAGAGGAGGCUUCGUGAGGGAGGGGGUGCUGCCAGGCGCCGGGGAGGAGGCGGAGGCCUGGGGACAGCAGACGAGGUUUCGCCCGAGCCCAGCGCUUUUUCUUCCGCCGCGCAGUCUCGGAGCGGCGUGGGCUCGUGGGGAGCGCGAGGCGGCCGAGGUGCCCGCGGUUGGGAGGCCGGCCCUGGCGCACCCCGCGCCUGCUGACAGCUGCAGCUGGGCUCGAGCUGUCCGCUCCCGGCUCCGCGGCCUCCGCCCCCUCGGGCUCCCUCCCCUCCGCCUCUACCCCUCCUGCUCCGGUGCGGAUCAUUUCGCAACUGCUCGCCUCUCGCCCCGUGCCCGGCUGUUUUUCCAUUUCCCGGUCCCUCUUCUUGAGUACUUUGCCCCUGCAUUUGAGGAGAGGGGCUGGAAAGGGGGCGGGUGGAACGACCGGAGGAGAAGAAGGAAGCGAGGCCCGGAGGAGGAGGAGAAGGAGGAGGAUCGGCGGACCGUAGGGAGGAGACCCCACGCCACCCUUUCUGGUCAUCUCCCCUCCCGCCCCGCCCCUGCGCAUACUCCCUCGCCGGCGAGCUACUUUCGGACGAGGAAAGUGAGGGCGGCCCUGGGUGACAGCGCCGCGGGACUAGUCCUGGGGAAGCCGCGCGUCUGCUCGCGUCUUGUCCGCCGCGCUCCCAGCCAGGGGUACAGCCCGGACCCAGGAUGGCUUCGACUACAACCUGUACCAGGUUCACGGACGAGUAUCAGCUUUUCGAGGAGCUCGGAAAGGGGGCAUUCUCAGUGGUGAGAAGAUGUAUGAAAAUCCCUACUGGACAAGAAUAUGCUGCCAAAAUUAUCAACACCAAAAAGCUUUCUGCUAGGGAUCAUCAGAAACUGGAAAGGGAAGCUAGAAUCUGCCGUCUUUUGAAGCACCCCAAUAUUGUGCGACUUCACGACAGCAUAUCGGAAGAGGGCUUCCAUUACUUGGUGUUUGAUUUAGUUACUGGAGGUGAACUGUUUGAAGACAUAGUGGCGAGAGAAUAUUACAGUGAAGCCGACGCCAGUCAUUGCAUUCAGCAGAUCCUGGAGGCUGUGCUACACUGCCAUCAGAUGGGCGUAGUCCAUCGGGACCUGAAGCCUGAGAAUUUGCUUUUAGCUAGCAAAUCCAAGGGAGCAGCUGUGAAACUGGCAGACUUUGGCUUAGCCAUAGAAGUUCAAGGAGACCAGCAGGCGUGGUUUGGUUUUGCUGGCACACCUGGAUAUCUUUCUCCAGAAGUUUUACGCAAAGAUCCUUAUGGAAAGCCAGUGGAUAUGUGGGCGUGUGGGGUCAUUCUCUACAUUCUACUGGUUGGAUAUCCACCCUUCUGGGAUGAAGACCAGCACAGACUCUAUCAGCAGAUCAAGGCUGGAGCUUAUGAUUUUCCAUCACCGGAGUGGGACACAGUGACUCCUGAAGCCAAAGACCUCAUCAAUAAAAUGCUUACUAUCAACCCUGCCAAGCGUAUCACAGCCUCGGAGGCACUGAAACACCCAUGGAUCUGUCAACGUUCUACUGUUGCUUCCAUGAUGCACAGACAGGAGACUGUUGACUGCUUGAAGAAAUUCAAUGCCAGAAGAAAACUGAAGGGUGCCAUCUUGACAACUAUGCUGGCUACGAGGAAUUUUUCAGCCAAGAGUUUGUUGAAGAAACCAGAUGGAGUAAAGAUAAACAACAAAGCCAACGUGGUAACCAGCCCCAAAGAAAAUAUUCCUACCCCGGCGCUGGAGCCCCAAACUACUGUAAUCCACAACCCUGAUGGAAACAAGGAGUCAACUGAGAGUUCAAAUACAACAAUUGAGGAUGAAGAUGUGAAAGCACGAAAGCAAGAGAUUAUCAAAGUUACUGAACAACUCAUCGAAGCUAUCAACAACGGGGACUUUGAAGCUUACACGAAAAUCUGUGACCCAGGCCUUACUGCUUUUGAACCUGAAGCUUUGGGUAAUUUAGUGGAAGGGAUGGACUUUCAUCGAUUCUACUUUGAGAAUGCUUUGUCCAAAAGCAAUAAACCAAUCCACACUAUUAUCCUGAACCCCCACGUACAUCUGGUAGGCGAUGAUGCUGCCUGCAUAGCAUACAUUAGGCUCACACAGUACAUGGAUGGCAGCGGAAUGCCAAAAACAAUGCAGUCAGAAGAGACACGUGUGUGGCACCGCCGGGAUGGAAAGUGGCAGAAUGUUCAUUUUCAUCGCUCGGGGUCGCGAACAGUACCCAUCAAGCCAUCUUGUAUUCCAAAUGGGAAAGAAAACUUCUCAGGAAGCACCUCUUUGUGGCAAAACAUCUAAGGCCUGAAAACCAUUCCCAUGUGGGUCUUCUAAGUAUCAACAGUGCCACUUCUGCAUUCUCUGUUCUCACCUGGAUGGUAACCCUGGGCCGUCCUCUCCUCCUCUUCAUGCAUGUUUCUGAGUGCAUGAAGUUGUGAAGGUCCUACGUGUAAUGCACAUGUGAUGCAUCAUCUUGUCAUAUAUUCCUUCCUAUACAUUGUUUACACUUCAACUAUGGAGAUGUUCCAUGCAAACUUCAAUCACUGUUGGCAAACAAUAGGGGGAGGUCAGACAAAAUUCCACAAUACUCCAAGUACAAACCUACUCAUCCGGUUUCUCUGCUUAUGCCAAGACUUAACAGACUUCAAAAUUAUCGUUCUUUGAAUGACAGUUUGUAACAGAAAUGUAAGUUUUUAAAAACUCUUUGCUGUUCAUCUGUUUUAGCUUUUUUGUUUAACAAAAAAAGGCAAAAGAAAUUACCUUCAGUUCCCUGGUGUGAUCCUGGUUGAAACGGAUGAUAUUUCACUGAAAGCUGUGUUGCUGUUUAACAAUUAAAGGGAUUGAUAUGUGGGCAGAAUCACUUAUGAAUGUGGAAGCGAGAAUCGGUGGGUUUGCUACUACCUAAAGUCAUGUCUUUUUUGGUCAAACUGUGUAAACUGGAAAAAUUCACGUCAUUGACGAGUUUGAUCACUUUAGGGUAUACUUGCACUGUUCUGGUGAAAUUUGCUGAAUUUUUUGUUCCUUUCUCAAACCUAUGCUCUUUUUUCUUCAUUUUCUCCUAUUAUUUCUUUAUUACUUUUGUUUGCUUCCUUUAUAUUUCUCUGUUUUUCAUUCUUUUUUCUCUUUUUGUCUAGUAGUGUGAGAAAAGUGAAAUUUGCAUAAUGAAGGUAAAAUAAAAACAGGCCUUUUGGAGGUGGCUAAACUAGUGCUUUGAUCAUCUUCUGGGCCCAUAAAAAUGAUGUCAAGAAGAUUUCAAAAGUUUGUAAUUCUGCUCGAGUUUGGACGUAGGGAUCCUAACUAUGUUGGAGGUAUUAGAAUUGUUUAAACUUAGAAUAAAAGCAAGUAGGUUCCUACCGUACCUGCACCACGUCUUACUGAUUGGUGCAGUUGCCAGGAGAGUACCAAGUUGGUCGUAGAUCAGGAUUUUGUGCAAAGGCACUUCCUUCUGCCUUGCAGGAUGCGCGCCUCCUGUGUCAUCACUGGCUAGUUUUCUGAAGUUAGAGAGGCCUGCGGGUGUUUUCCAUUCUCCUAAGUGUUUGUUUUGAACUCUGUCUCUGUGACUUGUGCUUUUGUAGCUUCUCUCAUGUGUCAGAGUAACAUUAUCUUCCUUCGAGGAGUUAGCAUUUUCCUAUUUAGAAAAAGGGGGGGGGCAGGCGGGAUUGUCCCUGUUUUCUCUGUGCUUCUCAUUUCUCCUUUGUUUACUCAGUUCCUGUGGGGCUUUUUCUCCUCCCUGAAAUGCUUUAUAGUGCAUGGUAUCUUCAUCAGCGUUAUUUUAACAAUAGUAAUUCACAAGCCUCAGAAGCCUAUUUUUAAAGCAGAAGCAAAAAAAUCCAAAAAUCAACCCUCCCUCUUUUCUCUCAUUUCACCUUUCUGUGUUGAUUACUAAUCACCUUAGAUAUUGUUGCUAGUGGAUGUAUGGUAGAUGGAUUGAAGCUUUUCUGAUAAUUAUUACACGAUUUAAAACAAUAUAUAUUUAAAAUAAAAUAAAUAUAUACAGUAAAUGUAUUGGGCCAUGUUAACCUGCCAAUGAGAUCUGUGAAAAAAUAAUGGCCUCAUUUUUCCCUUUUUAAUUUCUUUUACCUUUUUGUGCAGCAGCUAUACGUGGCAUACAUGUAUUUUUUAACAAAAUAGGUAUAGGGUGUUUGUUUUUUUUUUUUACACUUUUAGCAUGUGGUGUUGAAGUAUUAUUACUGUAGAUCAAGCUUGUCUUCCGCACUAAGACGUGAGGAAAUUGUGAUUUGUUCUCUCCACCACAAUUGAAUUACACAUUUAUUAAUUAUCUUCUCUCAUUUUGAAACACUGCAGUUUACCGUGGGACACUGUAUAUAUUUCUUGCCAUAAUGGUAAAUGACUGAUUGAUAUAUUUAAGAGUUAAUAAAUUUGUGAUUUCUGCUGA